AUGUUUGUACCGAUCGUCCUGGCAGCCGUCUGCCUUGCCAGCGUGGUCUUGGCUGCAACUGAUAAGCCAUUUUAUGACGUGGAAGACGCUGAGAACUUGUUCGAGACUUUUCUCCAAGAGAAUAAUAAAGUAUACAAGAACCGGAGGGAGUAUUACGAACGGCUUGGCAAUUUCAAGAAAUCUUUGAAGGAAAUAAAUGAACGAAAUGCCAAGUUUCCUGAUACUGUGUUCGCAUUGAACCACUUUGCUGAUUUACACCCCGAAGAGCUACAGCAAUACAAUGGCUUCAAACUUCCAAAAAACAUGACGGGUGUAGUACUCCCUAAUGGGCCGACUCCGACGGAAGACCACUUUGACUGGAGGGACAAGAAUGCUGUUACACAUGUUAAGGACCAAGGAAGAUGUGGUAGUUGCUACAUCUUCAGCGCUAUUGGUGAUAUUGAAGGGCAGUACGCCAUCAAACACAAGCAGUGCCUAGCCCUCUCUGAAGGGCAGGCUCUCGACUGCCUCGACUCGGGAACAUGCGACGGAGGUUUAAUGGAAUAUGUUAUGCAAGAACUUAAAGGUACGCGAAAAAAAUUAGAAAAAGAGUCGGACUAUCCCUAUUACCACAAAAAACGGGUUUGCACUGAAGACGCCAGUAAGGGAAUUGUGCAAGUAACAGGUGGCGGUAAGAUCGCCAUCGCCGAUGAAGAAGAAUUGAAGAAUAAAUUGGUAAACUUAGGACCUCUGGCUGUGGCUCUGAAUUCCUUUGACUUCCACCAUUACACGAAAGGCAUACUAGAACCAGACCAGUGCAAAGGACAACAGCCUAACCACGGCGUGCUCUUGGUCGGCUAUGGAGAAGAAAACGGCAAGAAGUUCUGGAUCAUUAAAAACUCUUGGGGCGCCGGAUGGGGAGAAAAAGGCUACGUGAGACUGUUGCGAGGAGUCGACGCUUGCGCCAUGGGCACCAGCUACACCGCCCACUCCCAAGUGGCUUAGAGUCUGCCGUCACCCGCGGCCGUUCACAUCACCGUGCAUUCUUCGCUGGCAUCUCGCACCGCCGCCGCCGCCGGUGCUAUGGUUAACAUUAACUUUCAUAAGGCUUUUAACAAUUUAAAUUCUGGGUUCAGUUAAAAAUCUGCUAAAUUUAUUUUUUUUGGUUUAAAUUCUAUAAAUUUCUCACUUUUUGGACACUAAAAUAAAAAUGUUUGAGUUGCAA